AUGGCUGCGGCUGGGCGGCCGGCGCUGGGCUCUGCGGAGCGGCCGGGCCCGGGCUCCUCCUCCGCCUCCUCCUCCGCCUCCUCCUCGCAGCAGCCCCGCGGGCGGGCGGGUUCGGUGCGGACGCGCCGGUGGAGCCUCGCAGCUCGGAGGGCCGUGCCGAGCGGGGCGGGAGAGAGGCGGGUAGACGGAGCUUCCUCCGGCAGCAAAGCAGCGCGAGCUGCGGGUGGGUUUUGGGGCUGGAGGCUUCCGGCGAGGAGCCGCGAUUCCCGAGCUGAAUCCCGAGCCGGCGUUUCCUUUCUCGGGGCGGCUCCCCCGGGCUGCGGGUGCCGGCGGGGGGCGAGCGCGGCCGGGCACUCCGUGACUGCCCGGGAGUUUGGGUUGCCGCUGUGGCGCCGGGUUCCUCUGAACGACGGUUGGGUGGUAAAUGCAUCGUUCAGACCCAGCAUCUGCUCUCACUGCAAACUGGAGCACUGCUUGCAUUCCUCAGACUUCAAAGUUCAAAAAAAAACGUCUACAGCUGAAGGUCUUCAAGGCAAGCAGAAGCAGCAGCAUCAGAACUUCUGGGUGGAUAAGGAAUCCUUGAAACCACAUCAUAUAGACAUAAUUUGUUGCUAUGCUUUAUUCUCUUUACAGCUUCCAGUGACAAAUAUUGCUGUUCUUUGUUUAAACUUAAUCUGUGUCCCCAUUGCCCCUCAAAUAUUCAACAGGUUUAUGGAAAAUCUUUUUAACAAGAACAGUGGUAGUAUUUUCCACCUUGGUUUAUAUAAAAGAGAUCACCAUGCAAAAGAGAGGCAGAAAUAAGUAACACAGAAUGACAGCAU